AUGAAAGUUGCUAUAGUCGGAGCCAGCGGCGAGACAGGUCAAUCCAUCGUGAAUGCGCUGUUAAGCUCCUCCACCCCGAAAUUUCCGGGGCGUCAACUCGUCUCCGCGGACCUCCGCGGCCCCAUCGCCCCCCUUAUCACCCUCCUCCAGGGCAUCGACAUCGUCAUCUCAGCCAUCCACUUCGACGCGCUCGCCGACGAAAUCCCCCUCGCCGACGCCGCCAAAGCCGCUGGCGUCAAGCGAUUCGUGCAGUCCGCGCUGAUGAUCAUCAUCCCGCCCAGGGGGGUGGUGGAUUUCCGCGAAAAGGUGCGUCCAAGAAAAAAAAAGAAGGGAGAAAACCUGCACUACAUCCAAAAGCUCCGUCUGCCGUAUACCUACAUCGACGCCGGCUGGUGGCACCAACUGAGCCUCCCGCGCCUGCCCUCGGGCCGCGUCGACCAUCUCCUGCCCCCCGCAGCCCAGCACGACGGCUUCCCGCUGGGGCGCGAUGGGAACGUGCCGACGGCGCUGGCGGACCUGCGCGACGUGGGGCGCUACGUCGCGCGGAUCAUCGCCGAUCCGCGGACCUUGAAUCGGCGGGUGCAUGUGUACAAUGAGGUGUAUACGCUGAAUCGGGUGUGUGAGGUGGUGGAGCGCGUGAGUGGGGAGAAGCUGGAGCGGAGAUAUGUAUCCGAGGUGGAGGCGCGGGAUGCGGUGGAUAAGGCGCGGAUGAGGCUGGCCCACAGCCCCGGGGAUACCGGGGCCUUGCUGGCGCAUGUUGCGGCGCAGUUGUUUUAUUCUUGGGGGAUCAGGGGGGAUAAUACUCCUGAGAAUGCUGAGUACUUGGGGUACUUGAGUGGGAAGGACUUGUAUCCGGAUUUCGAGUAUGUUUCUUUCGAGGAGUAUAUCAGGGAAGUCCUUAGAGGGGAAGUGAAGGGGGUUUAUCAGAGUACGUGA